UCUGACCUUACCUCAUCCGACACAUUCCGAUACGAAUUCUGCACAUCAUGAAGUUCCCCGAGAUAGACAUUGAGUGGGAAACGGACAAUGACACCCGGAGCGAUGGUACCAAGCGGCCCUACAGCAGAAAAGCAUCCAUGAUCCAUGGCUGGGUGACCAAGAUGCGGGGCACGCUGGUGGGCAACGAGCGUACGCGCUGGAAGGGGAUCAGGGAGAUGAAGGCGGCUAAAGCGAUCCGGAAGUACAAGCGCCAGCGGGCGAAAGAGCACUCCUCGCGCGGGCAGCACGACAGCGGGCUGUUCUCCUUCCUCAGCUUCAGCCCUCAGAAGCAUAACUCGAAGAGCAAGCCUGUCAGCCGCAGCAGCAGCAGCCGCGCGGUCGUUCAGCGGGGCUCGUCCACCCGGAAGGGCAACGAGCUUGUGCUGCACGUCUCCUCCCGCCCGAAGUCGCCGAGGCGCAGUCAUAGCUCACGCGUUGAUGGACGUAUAACGCAAAGCAGGGCGACAUCGCCGCGAGGAAGCACGCCCCACCGUUCCCGUCCAGCGCCCCAGAGGCGGGCGACGACGGGAGGAGAGCGAUCCACCUCCACCAAGCGUCCUACACAGUACACGAGACGAUAUACUACCGACGUUCACCGGAGUUCUCGCCGACGAUGACGUAGAGUGCGGAUGACUGUAUUUAUCCUAACAGAUGUUAUUAUAGUAUAACCUUAUCCAGCAUUGUACUGCAUCGAUGAUAUAGCGCACUGAGUGUAUA